CCGAGGCUUAGAGUCUCGACAAAGCAUACAAGUACUGAUCAGCGGAGAAGGAAGAAAAACACAGUGAAUAAGAACUGUAGAGAUAUUUGUUUCAGAUCAGACAGCUGUUCUUUGUGAUUCUUGUGGUUAUUAAUUUUUGCAGCAUCAUGCAGAAAGUGAAAGUAAAGGUCUAGAUUGCUGGAGCUCAAACAGUGAAAAUGGAUUCGCUCUCUGAAGUUGAUUUUUCUUGUCCUGUAUGUAAGGAAAUCUUCAAGGAUCCUGAUGUUUUAUCAUGUGGGCACAGUGUCUGUAAAGAGUGUCUUCAACAGUUCUGGAGCAUUAAGGAAACUCGGGAGUGUCCUCUCUGCAGAAGAAGAUCCUCAAAAGAUCAUCCUCCAUGUAAUCUCGUGUUAAAAAACUUGUGUGAUCUGUUCCUGAAAGAGAGAAAUGAGAGGAGUUCAUCAGGAUCUGAGGAGAUCUGCAGUUUACACCGAGAGAAACUCAAACUCUUCUGUCUGGAGGACAAACAGCCUGUGUGUUUAGUGUGCAGAGAUUCACAACAACAUGAAAAUCACAAAUUCAAACCCAUCAGUGAAAUUGUUCCAUCAUACAAGGAGAAGCUCAAUACAGCACUGAAGUCCUUACAAGAGAAAUCUAAACACAAUGCAAAUAUUAAAGGAGAGUUUGAGAAAACAGUUCAACACAUAAAGUCUCAAGCUGAGCACACAGAGCAUCAGAUUAAACAACAGUUUGAGAAGCUUCAUCAGUUUCUCAGAGAUGAAGAAGAAGCUACAAUCACUGCACUGAGGGAGGAAGAGGAGCAAAAGAAGCAGACGAUGGAGGAGAAGCUGGAGGAGAUCAACAGACACAUCUCAGCUCUUUCACACACAAUCAAAGACAUGGAGGAGAUAAUUGAAGCAAAUGAUGUCUGCUUUCUAAAGAGGUUUCCAGACACAAUGGUGAGAGGUGAAAGAGUCCAGAUCUCACAGCCGGAUCCACAGACGCCUUCUGGAGCUUUGAUUCAUGUGCCACGUUACUUGGGCAACCUGCCAUUCAGAGUGUGGAAGAAGAUGCAGAACAUUGUCCAAAACACUCCUGUGAUUCUGGAUCCAAACACGGCUCAUCCGUGCCUCGUCUUGUCUGAUGAUCUGACCAGUGUGAAAGACAGCAUAAUGAACAGUCAACCACUUCCUAAUAAUCCAGAGAGAUUUAAUGAUUAUUACUGUGUUUUGGGUUCAGAGGGUUUUAACUCAGGAACACACUGCUGGGAUGUGGAGGUUAAAGAGAGUUCAUCCUGGAGUCUUGGAGUAACUACAGCAUCAAACCAGAGGAAGGGAUUUGAUUCAUUCAAAACUAAUGUUUGGAGUAUCUGGUAUGGACAGACUAAAUGGUCUGGCUUUUAUAUUAAGAAGAAGCUUGAGCGUGUGAGAGUGUGUCUGGACUAUGACGGAGGAAUGGUGUCAUUCUUUAAUCCUGUAACUAACACACAUCUACACACAUUUACAACCACCUUCACUGACACUGUCUUGCCAUUCUUUCGUAGUUUUGACCCUCUGAGCAUCUUACCAUUCAGUAGUUAGUAAACUUUGUAGGUCAGCCAUGGGUGGAUUAAUACUCUUCAGUGCCCCUGGGCACUAAUAUGUAGAGUGUCCCCCACCAUUCCACUAACCGAAAAAGUUAUUAUCACUACUGACCUCAAAAAUAUGUAUUACUGGUAACACUUUAGUUUAAGGACCAAUUCUCACUAUUAACUAGUUGCUUAUUAACAUGCAUCUUACAAACCUAUUGGCUGUUUAUUAGUACUUAUAAAGCAUAUAUUAAUGCUUUAUUCUGCAUGACAAUAUUUUACACAUCCCUUAAGCCACUCCAUACUUAAACAUAACUACUACCUUAUUAACUAUUAAUAAGCAGCAAAUUAGUCAGUGUGACUGGUUGUCCUGAUAAUAUAUGGUUACAUUAAAUAAAUAAAUAAAUAAAUAAAUAAAUAAAUAAUAACAGAUGUUAGAUGAAAAUAGGAAAACUUUGUAAUCUGACACAUUGUGUAACUUGUGAAACCAACUGUUAUACAAUGGUUUAAGAUCUGAACAUGCAUGCAGUAAAAUAUUACAAAUUAAGAGCUAGUGAACUGUACCUGCUAUAUAUGUGAAGAGUUUAUUUGCAA